CUCCCCACGGAACUACUGUCCUUGAGACAUUUACCUGACCCUGUGUCCGCAUAGCUGUACCUGUUUGGGGUCCAGGGUCCGUAUCUGUAAGGGGUCCUAUGCCCUAGCUGAGAGCCAAAUGUCAUGGUGUUCCAAACGCUGGGAAAAGCGAACUGCCAUCUUCCAAGACACAAGCAAGCUGGUAGCAGGCCAGGCUAGAUAGCGGGUCCCUAGGCACUGGGUUUUGGGGUAAUAAACAAGCCAAGGGGGCUUCCUUAGGUGGGUCUCAUUCAGUCCUGAAGAGAUGUGCUGGGCACCCACUGCCUGCUCUCCAGCCCAGCACAGGUUCAUUUUCCUCCUGGGGAUGAGGAACAGCAGCUACAGAUAUCUCCAGGGAUGCUGGCCCGCCCCAACCCUACUCUCUUUUCUGUCCUAGUUGUCUUUGCAGGAUUUUGCAGGAUUUUGCAGGACGUCCAGACCCUGGGCUCCUCUCAAAAGCAUUAUUCGACCCUGGACCCAAUGUGGAGGUUCUAACUCUGGAAGUGGCCUGGAGCUAUAGGAGGGUGAUGCAAGCCUCCCAUCUCCUUGGCUGUGUUAGGGCAGGACUCAAUGCUCUCCUUGGGUUUGGAAGCAGCCAACCUUGAAAUCCCACAGCCACAGAGAGUUUCUGCCAGGCCAAUAAAAGGGAGGGCCCGCCUGGACCCAGGAACGGACCCUGGUUGCUGUGAAGCCAGAUGGGGUGCAGCGGAGGCUUGUUGGGGAUGUGAUUCGGCGUUUUGAGAGGAGGGGCUUCAAGCUGGUGGGGAUGAAGAUGCUACAGGCACCAGAGAAUGUCCUUGCUGAGCACUACCAUGACCUUCGGAGGAAGCCCUUCUACCCAGCCCUCAUCAGCUACAUGAGCUCCGGCCCUGUGGUGGCCAUGGUCUGGGAAGGCCCCAAUGUGGUCUGCACCUCGAGGGCCAUGAUAGGACACACUGAUUCGGCUGUCGCUGUCCCCGGCACCAUCCGAGGAGACUUCAGCAUCCACAUCAGCAGGAAUGUCAUCCAUGCCAGUGACUCCGUGGCGGAGGCCCAGAGGGAGAUCCAGCUGUGGUUUCAGAGCAAUGAGCUGGUGGACUGGGCAAACGAAGGCCACUGCAGCAGCUUCAACCCAGCCUGAACCUCAAGCUGCUCUCAGCCAUCCCAGCAUCCACCCAAGACUUACUACCUCUAUACACAAGAACUUGAGCCCACCCCCAUGCUCUGAGGAUCUGUCCCAGACCACCUUCCUGUCCACCUUCAGCCCACUCCAGCCCGCAGCAGUUGAGACAACUUUGUGUGCCUUUUAGUAUCCGAAGCCAUCAAGAGAUUGUACCAAAUCCUUUCUGUACCAAAGUGCCAGACAACCUUUCCAGUGUCUCUAAAAGUGGGUAGUUUGACCUCCCUCCCCCAAGACAGGGGGGGACAUUAAAAUUCACUGUGCUGUGUAUAGGAGUGGAGUACUCAUUACAGCUAGGUAGCAGUGAGGCUUUCAUGCAAAGCUGUAAGUAGUUUGAGAGUAGAGAUGAAACUUACCAUCUUACACAUCAGUAGAGAAUCAAUAACUGCUGAAUGUAUGACUUAGAGGUCCAGAGACCUCCAUCUGAAAUUUGAGGAAAUCUAAGCUGGCCCAGGAGCUGGUGCUGUCCCAAACCCUUCUUGAUCUGAAGGAGGAACUGCCUGCCUUGGGAAAGGCUGGAGGGUGGCAAGAAUAUGGUAGCUGAGAUCACCCCCAGGGCAGAAAGCCUGGUGAUUAGAGCCCCCUCACCUCUUCACGGUUUCAGGUGGCCAUGUGGCUGAGGCUGACUGAACUGCCUGGUGUCUUCUUGUUUUCACCUUGACACUACAUCACGCCCCUCACCCCUGGUCACCAAGUGACCAUACUCACUUGUCACAAGUACUGGACACUGCACAUCAUUAUAUCUGCUGAGGCUGA